AUACUACUUUUAGAUUGCGCGAUUGUAUCUAAGCAAUCGUCGUGCUGAGCUUUGAAGUAGGUUGAACAUAUAACCACACUCUUCUCGAUACCAGUCCGCAAGCAUGUGUCCUGUCGUCUGGAUCUCCCCAACAACUCCUUCUCGUCGUGGGAGUAAGUGGAGAAGUUGUUUCGAGAGUCUUCGGUCCCACAUAUUUGGUCGUCACAGGCCUGCCGACCACGACAGCUGCGAAUCGCUCCUAGAGCCACCAACAUUUGAGACUGCGAGCAUCGCCCGCCAAUACAACAGAGCUCUCAAGGUAGACACCCGGAUCAAUCGCAAGGCUGUGGCAGAUCAAGAUGAAGAACACGGUAUGGGCAGACACUAUCAAAUAUGAGGAGAGCUUCAA